UUCCAUGCAGUCUGAAAAAUACAGAACGCAAAUAAAGAUGAAUAACAAUUGCAACUGUCUCACAUUUGAAUACAAGACAAAAAACUGCCCAGAUGAGGAGAGCAAAUCUGUAUUCCAUAAAAUUAUCCAGUUUCUACUUCCAAAUUCCAAAACCAUCAGCGAUAACGAUUGCAAAAAUUCAAAGACGAUUUUGGGAGGAAAAUGGGUUAUUUGGCCCCCUCAUGGAAACUGUGCUUUAUAUUCGAUGUUUUGUUUUAUUUGUGUUUCGGCGUGGAUUAUCUUGUAUUCUGUUUCUAAGGAACAGUCAAGUCCAGGAGGAAACUUGUUUUCACUCCUCGUUUUGUUUGCUGGGGCCGUUAUUGGCGGUCAUAUCUUCUCCCUGAUACGUUUACCCCCUUUAUUGGGAAUGCUGAUAGUAGGAGGUUUACUAAGUAACGUCCCGGGAAUCAGAGUAGUGGGAUUGUCAAUAGACCCCAAAUGGUCGGCCUCUCUCAGGAAAAUAGCUUUAACUGUGAUCUUACUGCGGGCUGGGCUGGGUCUGGAUCCCGUGGCCCUCAGGAAACUCUCCCUGACAGUCCUCAGGGUGGCUCUGGUACCGUGUUUAUUUGAGGUCGCUACUAACGCUGUAUCCGCCCACCUUCUUCUCGGCAUGCCAUGGACCUGGUCGUUUAUGUUGGGCUUUGCUUUGUCGGCGGUGUCCCCGGCAGUGGUUGUUCCCUCCCUCCUGACCCUGGCAGACUCUGGGUACGGCCUAGAUAAAGGGAUCCCCACCCUCGUCAUCGCUGCCGCCACAAUAGAUGACGUCUUCAACAUUACAGGCUUUGGUGUACUUCUUGGAAUAGUUUUCUCACAAGGGGAGUUGGCACUGACAAUUGCUAAAGGUCCUUUAGAAAUGCUCCUUGGAAUCGCAUACGGCGCCAUUUUUGGAGUUUUCCUGUGGUAUUUCCCAUCAAAAGACAGCGUGAACAAAACGUUUUACCGGUCUGUUCUCCUGGUGGGAUUCGGUCUCGUUGCUAUUUAUGGCAGUCCUUUGGCCCACCUACCAGGAGCUGGUCCUCUGGGCUGUCUCGCUGUGGGCUUCGUUGCAGCUUUCGGAUGGAGAAACGAACGAAAGAAGGACGAAAACGAUACGGUGGCUGAGGUGACGGGUAUUCUGUGGAUGCUAUUUCAGCCAUUUUUAUUCGGACUCAUCGGUGCAGCAGUAAAAUCGGAACAAAUUCACGAUCUGAGUUCCUUAGGCUUGGGUACUGCGGUCAUUGCAGUAGGACAAACAUUAAGAAUGGGAGCGGCUGUAUUAUCAGUCCUCGGUACAGAGUUCUCAAAGAAGGAACGCUUAUUCAUUGCAAUAGCGCGGUUUCCCAAGGCAACUGUUCAGGCUGCGAUAGGCGGGUUAGCCUUGGACAUGGCACUAGCAGACAACAACUUGGAAUUCAUACGUCACGGCACUGUCGUCUUGACCACUGCUGUAUUGUCUAUAAUAAUCACAGCUCCUAUUGGAGCCCUGGCUAUAGCUUUAUUGGGCCCCAGACUCCUGAACAAGUUAGACAGACAGACGACAGAUGAAGCAGACGCAGAGUGUAGCGAAGACUUGGAGAAUGUAUCGAUGCUCCCCAUGACGCCGGAUCCAGAAAAUACUAUCAAAAUUGAAAUGUCUUGAUUUUACGUCACCAAUUUGACUAGAAAGUAUUUGUUUCACCAUUUCCUCCUAAAUAGCGGAAGAAACAAUUUGUAAUAGAAUUUUGGAUUCUAAAUUGCAGUAGCUACAUGUACAAUGCAUCAUUGUAAUUCGCUAUUUUCAUUUUGCCAGUGAUGUCAUGACAGUCGAGAAAAAAAUCUUACUGUA